AUGUUCCACCUCAGAGGUCCGGGCAAGAAACCCAUUACCAUCACCACCACCACCACUACAACCACCGCCUCCACUUUUCUCUACUGGUCACCGGAAUCUUCCCCCACCUCCUUAUCUUCUCCAACGGCCAUGAAUCCAAUCAUCUGGUCAAAUCUACCUAACCACAUCAUCGACCACAUCCUCUCUUUCCUCCCUUUCAAAACCCUCGUCGCUCUCCGAUCAAUCUCUCGCCAUCUCCGAUCUCUAAUCUUCUCUCCGAGUUUCCUCUCCGACCACUCUUUCUCACUCCCUUCUUUCCUCCUCCUCUCUCACCCUCAAUCUUUCAACUCUUUCCCUCUGUUCGAUUUUAAUCUCCACUCAUGGCGCACAUUACCACUCCCACAUUCACUCUCGCUAACCUGCGCCUCCUCCUCCCUCCUUUCUUCUUCACACGGCCUCCUCUGUUUCUCCAUUUCCCCUUCCUCUGCUUCUUCUCUAUCAAUCUUCAAUCCUUUAACCAGAUGCUCUAGAUCUGUUAAAUUCCCGUUUUACCCUUUUCCUUAUGAGCUUCUCUCCCUCGUCGCUUCCCCUCACGGCUACAGAAUCUUCACUCUCUCCUCCUCCUCUGCCACUUCGAGAUCCGUUUGUAUCUACGAUUCCGGCGAAGGCUCGUGGAAGAAAUUCGGCGACGUUGAUCAAGUUUUACCUCGUGGGUUUAAUCAAGAUGGAGUCUUUUACAAUGGGUCUCUCUAUUUCGCUAGAUCCGAGCCUUUUCUCAUCGUGAGCGUCGAUCUCAACGACGGAAAAUGGACUACAGCUACCAGAGACGGUGUAUUUCCGGCGGACGAUGAGAUCACGUUUGCGAGAUUAGUUAGUGAUUCGGAGAAAAAGGUACUUUACAUGGUUGGUGGAAUCGGGAGCAACGGGAUUUGCAGGAGCAUCAAGAUUUGGGAAUUUAAAGAAGAAACAGAGAAUUGGAUCGAAGCUGAGACAUUACCGGAGAUUGUUUGUCGGAAAUUCACUUCGGUUUGUUACCACAAUUACGAGCAUGUUUACUGUUUGUGGCACAGGGAGAUGAUCUGUGUUUAUUGCUAUAAUUGGCCUGAGAUUCUCUUCUUUCAUGUUGGGAGAAGAACUUGGCAUUGGGUUCCGAAAUGUCCUUCGUUGCCGGAAAAAUGGAGCUGUGGGUUUCGCUGGUUCUCUUUCGUCCCAAGCUUGUCUGCUUUUGUUUAG